GCUGUCAACAGUGGACAACAACAGCAGAGCAGCGCUGCUUUUUCUUUACACAACUGGAAACACUUGAAUUGGGGCGACCGCACACGGGGCAGGUGGAAAUCAAGCACGCAACAAUACCAAAGCACAUCAGAACCCAAACAAUAUGGGAAACACAGAUUCAAAAUUGAACUUUCGCAAGGCAAUUGUGCAGCUGACGCAAAAGAAUCAGAAAAUCGACCCCAGUGAUGAGCAAUUCUGGGAACAGUUCUGGCAAGGCCAUCAAACGACGCUGGAGGAUGUGUUCGCUUUGGUUACAUCGAAUGAAAUUCGACAAAUAAGGAAUGAUAACCCAGCAAACUUGGCCACUCUCUGCUAUAAAGCGGUCGAGAAGUUGGCCCAGGCGGUGGACAGCAGUUGCCGCACUCAGGCCGAGCAACAGUGUGUUUUGAACUGUGUGCGGCUCCUGAUCAGAUGUUUGCCAUACAUCUUUGAGGACGAAAAGUGGCGCGACUUCUUCUGGAGCAGUCUGCCGUCCCAGGAAAAGACAAUGCCUUUGGCCCAAUCGUUAUUGAAUGCCAUUUGCGAUUUACUCUUCUGUCCGGAUUUCACUGUUACCUCAGCACGUCGCACGGGCCCGGAGAAGGCCGAGGAACUCGCCAAUAUUGAUAGCUGCGAAUAUAUCUGGGAGGCAGGAGUGGGAUUCGCCCAGUCGCCACCACACAACGCCCACAUGGAGCGCCGGCGCACGGAGCUAUUAAAGCUGCUGCUCACUUGCUUUUCAGAGCCGAUGUACCGUUCGCCUCAACAAUCCGAGGAGCCCAACAAGUGGAUAGCUUACUUCACCUCGGCCGACAAUCGUCAUGCCCUGCCCCUUUUUACGUCAUUCUUGAACACAGUGUGCUCAUAUGAUCCAGUUGGAUAUGGCGUACCCUACAAUCACCUGAUCUUUGCGGACACCACGGAGCCCUUGGUGGAGGCUUGUCUGCAGCUCCUUAUUGUCACGUUGGACCAUGACAUGGUGGUGCAGCAACAACUCACCCAACCUGGGCAGGCCUCCUAUGACGAGGGAAACUGCGGUGACAAUUUGUUCAUCAACUAUCUGUCGCGUGUCCAUCGGGAUGAGGAUUUCCAUUUUGUCCUCAAGGGCAUAACUCGUCUGUUGAAUAAUCCCUUGGCUCAAAACUAUUUACCCAAUUCCACGAAGCGUCUGCAUUGUCAUCAGGAGCUGCUCAUAUUGUUCUGGAAGAUAUGUGACUACAACAAAAAGUUUUUGUAUUUCGUUCUGAAGAGUUCGGAUGUUCUAGACAUACUCAUUCCCAUAUUAUAUCACUUGAACUACUCCCGGGCGGAUCAAUCGCGUGUGGGCCUGAUGCACAUAGGAGUAUUCAUACUACUGCUGUUGUCAGGGGAGCGAAACUUUGGUGUUCGCUUAAAUAAGGCCUACUCCGCCACUGUACCCAUGGACAUUCCGGUUUUCACAGGAACACAUGCGGAUUUACUGAUCACAGUCUUUCACAAAAUCAUUGCAACUGGCCAUCAGCGUCUACAGCCGCUGUUCGACUGCCUGCUGACUAUUCUGGUGAAUGUUUCACCGUACUUGAAGACCCUCUCGAUGGUGGCCAGUGUGAAGAUGCUGCAUCUGCUCGAGGCGUUCAGCACGCCGUGGUUUCUGCUGUCAGCGCCCAGCAAUCACCAUUUGGUGUUCUUCUUGCUGGAGAUCUUCAACAACAUUAUACAGUACCAGUUCGACGGGAACUCGAAUCUAGUCUAUACGAUAAUACGAAAGCGUCACGUGUUCCAUGCCAUGGCGAAUCUCCCCACAGACAUGGCCGGAAUAGCCAAGUGUAUGAGUGGGCGUAAGGCAGGUGGAAAGUUCAAUUUGCCACGUGUACCGCAGCGGAGGAUAGCAGCUGCUGCGCAAGAGCUGCCAUCAGCUCACGUGCCGGAAGAGUAUAACGAUGAUGAAGAUGACGAAGAUGAGGAGGAGGACACGAUAAAUGAGGAGCCAAAGGCUGAGGAGGAUCUGGAAUCGGAAACGGAAUCGCAUGAACGGUCUCAAAUAGAAGAGCCGCAGCCGGAGAUACUGACUGCUCAACCAGCCGAGCCGGGCACUUUGAAAACAUCCUUGCUGGACACUCCAGCCAUCAGUCAGAUGACUGAGCGUGAGCAGGCCCAUCCAAACGAUAAAACGCAGACGGAGGAAUCGACGGAAAUCGUCCCGUAUGACAAGUCUCCCGUCUCAACGCCAACGGGUGGUCGAAAAUCUACCUCACCCACCGACCAACUACGGCUAUCGGUGUCGCAUCGGAGCAGCAUUCGCAUGGUUCCCGGCGAAGGGGAUCGAUGGGCACCCACGCCCGAGUGGAUUGUGUCCUGGCGCUCAAAGUUGCCGCUGCAGACGAUAAUGCGUUUGCUGCAGGUCCUGGUUCCGCAGGUGGAGAAGAUAUGCAUAGACAAGGGCCUCACCGACGAAUCAGAGAUCCUUAAAUUUCUGCAACACGGAACGCUGGUUGGCCUGUUGCCUGUUCCCCAUCCCAUACUGAUACGGAAGUAUCAGGCAAACGCGGGCACCACUGCCUGGUUCCGCACCUACAUCUGGGGUGUCAUCUACCUGCGCAAUGUGGAGCCUGCCAUUUGGUAUGAUACGGAGGUGAAGCUCUUUGAGAUUCAGCGCGUCUAGGUCAGUAUCUGGGAGUCACCAAUCCAAUCACAGCAGCAACAACGUAACUAAAACGCUUUGGCAUUUACUGUAGUUAAAUUAUUUAGUGCAUAUAUCAUUCCAAUAGUUUGUGUGAAGAAAGUCAAUGUUCAAUGAAUCCCCUUAACCAUUUGGUAUGUGUUCUUAUCCGUUUCAAAUUUCAUCAAGAAUAUCUCCACUAUGAGGCUUAUCAGUUGUAACGAUAUAGCGUGAGUUCUUUUUUUUUAGGAUACCAUUUUGUUAAUGGCUUUUUAAAAUGUUAUUUUUAUUUAAUUGCCUUUUUGUUCUU